GUGUGCGCAGAAUGCGACCUCAGAAGAUGAUGGAAAAGGAGGAGGAGGUGUAGGGAGCAAGGAAACGUUUAGUUUUCGCCCUGUUUACCGUUCACUGGAUUUAACCGCCGCUAAAGAGGCGCGUUGGAUGCAGAAGAGGAGAAGGAAGACACAGAAAGGAAAAAUUGCCCUCCUCUUAUGUGAUUAUUAUUUAAAAUAGGAUCCUAAACUAUCGAGGAAUAGACAUGCAAUCUACAGCGAUGGAGUCCUGGUGUCCGCACUGAGCCUCUAUUGCUUCGAUCGUUUUCAUGGCGCUCAUUCAUGAACCCCGUGCCUCUUCCCCCUCCCUGUCUGGCUUCAACACACCCAUCUCUGACCCGCCAUCAUUUCGUCGGCUCGAUGCCGAGACCCCCUGCACCCCAGAAAUGGACCUGACCCCAACCCAGUGCGUCCUUCGGAACGUCCUCUCCAUAGACACAGGGGGUGCUGUAGAGCCCGGAGGAGGAGGAGAGAGGAAGACUCCUGGGCACAAUCAGACACUUGGCGAGGAACAACAGGAGCACUUUGCCAACAGUGUGCUGAAACUCCAUGAGCAUGAGGGGACCAGUGGGAGGACAGAGGGAGAGGGGCAGGUUCCGGACGGCUCUGUGGUCAGGAGCCAGGCGGACAACGCCAGGUUGCAGUGCCAGUCCACAGGAGGCGGAGGAGGGUUUCUGGAAGGGCUCUUUGGGUGCCUGCGGCCUGUCUGGACUAUGAUUGGCAAAGCUUACUCUACAGACCACAAACAUGACCUGGAUGAGGAGUGGGAAGUCCCGUUUGAGGAGAUUUCGGACCUACAGUGGGUGGGCAGUGGAGCCCAGGGUGCUGUCUUUCUGGGCAAACUUCACGGGCAGGAAGUGGCUGUGAAAAAAGUGCGAAACAUCAAAGAGACUGAUAUCAAGCAUCUGCGGAAGCUCAAGCAUCCCAAUAUAAUCACUUUCAAAGGUAUCUGUACUCAGGCUCCUUGUUACUGCAUCAUCAUGGAGUACUGUGCACAGGGACAAUUGUACGAAGUCCUGAGAGCGGGCAGGAAGAUCACACCCUCCCUGCUCAUGGACUGGGCCAUGGGCAUCGCCGGGGGCAUGAACUACCUUCAUCUCCACAAGAUCAUCCACAGAGACCUCAAGUCACCAAACAUACUUAUCACCUACGAUGACGCAGUGAAGAUCUCUGAUUUUGGAACAUCCAAGGAGCUUAACGACAAGAGCACGAAGAUGUCUUUUGCUGGGACUGUGGCCUGGAUGGCUCCUGAGGUCAUCCGCAAUGAACCUGUUUCAGAGAAGGUGGAUAUUUGGUCAUUUGGCGUUGUGCUGUGGGAGAUGCUGACGGGGGAGGUGCCCUACAAGGACGUGGACUCCUCCGCUAUCAUCUGGGGAGUAGGAAACAACAGUCUGCAGCUGCCUGUGCCCGAUAGCUGUCCGGAUAGCUUCAAGCUGCUCCUGAAGCAAUGCUGGAACUGCAAGCCAAGAAACAGACCCUCAUUUCGACAGAUCCUCCUACAUCUUGAUAUUGCCUCUGCAGACAUUCUGUCUACUCCACAAGAAACUUACUUUCAGUCUCAGGCGGAGUGGAGGGACGAGGUGAGGCAUCACUUUGAGAAGAUCAAGUCUGAGGGCACGUGUCUUCACAGGCUGGAUGAGGAGCUCAUCAAACGACGCAGGGAAGAACUCAGACAUGCGCUGGACAUCCGGGAGCACUAUGAACGGAAAUUGGAGCGAGCCAAUAAUCUCUACAUGGAGCUUAACGCUAUCAUGCUGCAGCUGGAGAUCAAAGAGAAGGAGCUGUUUAAGAGGGAGCAGUCAUUGGACAAGAAGUCCCCCAGCUGCUUUAAGCACCACAGCUCCAGACAGUCGGCCUCCUCCAAUUCCAUGGAGAAGCUCAUGAAGAAACGCAACGUACCACAGAAACUACCUUCACACAGCAAGAGACCAGACCUAUUGAAGUCAGAAGUCAUCCUACCCAAACUGGACUUGUCUAUGACCCAGGUCACCAUCCCCAACAAAGGCUCCACCUCCCCUGGCCGUUCUCGCCGAGGAAAGCCUCGCUACAGGAAGGCCGGGAAGGGCAGUGGCAGCGACUUGGCUCAAUUGAAAGCCACUCUGUCAUCAUCUCUAGCAAUGAUCAACGCCACCUCAUCCAUUCCUAGCAGCAAGCACCGCCUAGACCCCACUGCGGCAAUCAGGGGCCUCCAGCAUGACCUGCUGCUCAAGAAGAUGUCCUCCUCAAGCCCCGAUCUCAUUUCAACCACGCUGGAGGCAGAGGGGCGGAGGAAGGGGCUGCUGAGGCCCGGGCUAGACAGAGCAGGCAGUCAGAGCGCCUCAGCUGGGUUAGAAGACAGCGGAGAGACGGAGGGGCCGAGGGAUGGGCAGGUUGUUGGUGUGGGGGGUGAUGACCUGGUGGAGACACCUCCACGGAGCAACACACCCAGCGAAGACGCAGCAUCCAUUCCAUUCUCUAGCAGCCCCGAUUCACCUUGUGGAAGAGGAGCAGCUGCAGGAAGAACAUCUGUACUGGGGAACUCUCGGGUUUCCCAUGAAGGAGAGAACAAGGAGGAGGGGACAGUGAUGACACGCUCACCCAGAAGUCAGCGCCGCCUCACACCUGCGGCGCUCCUGUACAGGGCGGCAGUCACACGCAGUCAGAGACGUGGACUGUCUUCAGAGGAAGAGGAGGGAGAAGUGGACAGUGAGGUAGAGCUGCCGAGAAGAAGGCGGACAGUGAGCAUCUCCAAAUGUCAAUCGCUGUCAAACUUUAGCCUAGAAAACUUAUCGGUGUCAGAUGGAGAGGAGGGAAACACCACCGACCACUCCCACAGUGGCACACCUGACGUAGUCAGCACCAACACAGACGAGCGCCUGGAUGACAAAAGCGACGACUUGUUGUCUCAGGGCUCAGAAAUCCCCGCAGACCCCUGUGAUCCGAGCCAGCUGGGCUCUGAUGGGCUGUCUGAAAGGGAAGCUGAAGUGCGACAAGUUAGGACGCAGCUUGCUUUGAGUGAACAUAAUUAUGAGAGCCUGUACGAUGACUCGGAUUGCGACAGUGCAGAACUGGACCAUUCAUGCAGCGCGGAGCCCAGCCAGCCUCAACCCAGCUGGUAAAAGCCAGACAUCUCUGCCCACAAGAUCUGUAUAUCUGUCCUCUGCAUCAUUCUUUUACUCUGUUAGCCAUUAGCAUGCCCACAAAAACAACCACUGGGGGCACAGAAUGAAGGAAGGAAACAAAAACCUUAUCAAAAAACCGGAAUUACAGAUCAAGCAGAUGUGAAACUGGAGGGUUAGCCGCUCUGACACACAACAGAUGGAGCAAUCUGCUUUCUGCACCAAAACUGCUUUGGUAAACGUUAUCACACUCCAUCUCAGCAAGAUACGCAGCAACCAGAGGGGCCACUACUCUAGACUCUCCGUUCAUGUCUCCUGCCAUCUUCCAUCUUGAUUUUUAUAUUUAUUUAUUUUAUACUAUUCAGUGAAAAUAUGAUUAGGAGAUUCUUUCAGGGUAUUUAUAGCAAGUGUGACCAGCACUUAUUUCCUAAGAUCUACUGUGUCAUAAUCCCUUUCCUUUAAACAUUAUGCACUUAUUAUUUACUGUGAAAUGACUGAAAACCUGUUUACAUUUUAUGUUGUUUGCAGUUAUUUAUCAUAGUUUUUGAUUUUCUACUUACUUUCAUUGUCACUGUUAAUAUAAAAUGUUGUAAAAUGAACAAAUGUUUUUAUACUUGAGAUUGUAUAAUUGAAGGUGCUGACGUUUCUCAGCAGGUGGCGCUAUUAUAUAAGAACCUCAAAGCUUUUGCUGGUAGAAUGUAACCUGCUGUUCAUGUCUGAUCUAAAACAAAAAGGAAGAAAACAGUAUUGCAGUACUGAAGUAUUUUGCAGGGGGAAAAAAUUUCUUUUUGAAGAGUUUGAAGGGUUUGUAAUAUUUAAAAAGCAUGCUUGUAAUAAAAAAAAAGUAUGCACAUUUAAGAUGUUUGGAUAUUUCAGUCCAGAGAAUAUAAUUUUCGUGAUUAAUUAAACCAACCCUUAGAUGAACAAAUGCUGAUAAUGUCUGCUUGUACAGGUGCAUCUCAAUAAACUGACAUCUGAAAGUAAAUUAUUUCAGUAAUUCAACACAAAAGGUGAAACUUGUGUAUUACAUAGAUUCAUUACACACGUCUAUAUUGUUUAACAAUUUAUUUCUGUAAAUUUUAAUGAAUACAACUUAAAGCCCAUGAAAACCCAUAACUCAGCCAUUGCACAAGAAAAAAAAUAGGAUAUAAAAUCUAGAAAUCUUGGGUUACUGUAUAGUAUUAUAUGCUCAAUACUUUGAAUUAUUUACUGCAUCAAUCUAGUGUGACAUGAAUCAGUCUGUGGCUCUGCAGAGGUGUUAAUGAAGACCAAGUUGCUUUAAUAGCGGCCUUCAUUCAGCUCAUCUGAUAGUCUGAUGUCUCAUCAUCUUCUUUUUGGCAAAACCCCCCAGUUUCUAUGGGACCAGGCAAGUUUCUGGCCAGUCAAGUACAGUGAAACCACCUCCAUUUAAGCAGGUACUGUUACUUUUAGCAGUGUGGGCAGUAGCAAAGCCAUGUUGAAAAAUGAAAUCAGCAUCUCCAUAAAGCUUUUCUAUCUUGCUUGUGCACCUUUUUUAAUCAAACUUUUUCCUUCCACUCAACUUUCCAUUUUUACGCUUGGAUACAGCUCACCGUCAUCUUUAGCAACUACCUUUUUUUGGCUUACUCUUUUUACGGAGGGUCUCAGUGACUGUCUGCAAUCUUCUACAUUAUUGUGUAGGACAUACAAUCACGUUGGUGUAUUAAAAUCAUUAUUCGUCUGUGGAACUGGGUUUGGGUUUCAUCAGCUCUAAGCUAUAAUCAUCCAAAUUAACCUUUUAUCACUCUGUAGGUAAUGAAUGAAUGAGUUUCAAUUUUUGAAAUAAUUUAGAAACCUUGUGAUGAUAUUCUAAUUUAUUUAGAUGCACCUGUAUUUAUACCCGGUUGGUAAAUAAAUUAUUAUUCGUUGUCAGUCUCACAAAUGUAGUGAAAUGUUUUCAGAUCAGACACAAAGGUUUUGUCCUGUUUUUACCAAAAUAUUUAGCAUUUUUACUGAAUGCGAGAUUGUUCUACAAAAGGUAAUGUAAACAGAAAGCAGCUUAAUUAUUUACAUUUAAUUGGGGAAAAAUGACAAAAUUUCAUCUUUGUUUUUUUUGCCAAGUCAUAAAAUUGGUAUGGACUGUUAAGAGAAACCAUGCAUAACGAUACUCGGCAUCAACCAAAAACACAAACUUUCCAAACUAUUAUUGUUCUAACGCUUGCACUAACAAUGCACUCUAAGCCCAGGAUUAGAGCCUUUCGCUUUUCAGUCAAGAAUCAAGUGAUCAUGAAAAUGGUGCUGUUCUCCUGUCUAACUUGCACUUCAGCUUAGAUCUGUUCCACAUAUCGAUACCCAAUCAGAACAUCUAAUAAGCUAAAAUAUGCAGCUUUUUGUCAGUCAGGUGUUUUGUUUCCAGUUUACAUUUGUAGAGUUUUAUAAUCCAUUUACACCCCUCAAAAUUUAAAGUUAGAAAUCCUUAAUUAGGAUUAAAAUGUUUUCAAUGAGCCAACUACUGCCCUCUAGUGCCCUGAACUAAUGUAACACUGAGCUGAACAAAAACAUUUUGUACUGCAUUAUUGUAACUGUACACUGAAUAUAUUUAAGAAAUAAUUUAAAAAUAAAAUCCAACUUGCAAAAUA